AUGAAGUCUCCCAAGAGCAAGUCGGCUGCCAAUACCACCGGCCCGCGGCAGGUGCGCUUCACGGAGGACCGCAGCAACCCAGGUGCCUCCUUCCCCGUUACCCAGGGAACCGACACCUCGACCGCUCCUGCCUUCAACACCCACGAAAGCGACGUGGGUGAAGACAGCGGUGUUUUCCUCCACACCUCAACCAAUCCCUCUGCCUCAGUCAAUCUUGGCCAUCACUUUCCUCCCACACCCUUCGGUCAGGCUGCUCACCCACACCUCAACCCUUUCAUACCCUCCACCGUGCACCCCGCCUACAUCUCCGAGACCAACUCGUUCGCGCCUUUCGGUAAAUUCAACCCGUACGGACUUACCGCGCCUCCCUACGUCAACAUGGCCGACUACCAGAACGUCGCUCCGCCUACUAGUGGCCUUCACUUCCAGCCGCCGGUUCCCGACACCACCUACGGCCCCAUGCAGCACGUUUACGUGCCUCGCUUCGACAACGGAAUGCCUCCAGUCUAUCACGUCGGUCUCCCUCAUGCUCAGGCUCUGCCAGUGGCCUCUUUUGUUGCCCCGAAGCCUACUCCAGUUCUGCUUGGCGCACCUCUUGUUGUUCAGUCCCCCGCCAACAACAUCACCUACAUUGGCCAGGCCCCCCCUCAGCCUCCCAUCAUCAUGGCCCAACAGCCUGCUAUGCACGCGGGCAUGAGCAUGCACCCUCCGAUCAUGCUUCAGGCUCCUCCCGCCGGUUUUAGUGGCCCUCCCAUGUUCCAGGGUGCCCACAUGGGUAUGAAUAUGCCUCCCAACAUGGGCGGAGGUGGAAUGCCCGUCUUCCCAGGUAAUACCAAUCUUCCUCCGGACGUCACUGGAUAUGGCAAGACCGCUGGAGAGGUCGCCAUGGAGCAGGCCCAGUUUGCCUAUUCCAAUGGUCUCUUCGAGCCCCAGGACUUCAAGCCUGCGGACGAUGACCCAUCCCGCUACUAUCCCGUUCGAGAGGUUGAUGGUAACUGGACCCAGCGCAAUCGUUUCACUAUUGACAACCUUGGCGAUUGCCGUUGGUAUGUCACCAACGAGGGCUACUUCUACGCCGUCCGUUUGCCCAACUGA